UCUGACCUUGGGCGCCCUGCGCAUUCCGUAUCCGUGAAGUGAAGCCAGAGUUUAUUGUUCUGUGUAGGCCAGUCCAGUCAGUCUCGAUUCGAUAUAGCUACGUAGGCACGUAGAUAAUUUAGAUAAGUAGUGUUUCAAACCUGUAAACGUGGGGCUCCAAGAUGCCUCUUUUUGGUAAAAAGGAUUUUGGUAGAAAAUCGAAGAAGGAGAGUCGAGACUCAGAGAAACAACCUUCCAUCGAGGACAAGUACAUCGUCAAAGAUCUGCUGGGCACGGGAGCGUUUUCUGAGGUGCGUCUCAUUGAGAGUAAGGAGAAUGGACAGCUGUUUGCAUGCAAGAUCAUCGACAAGAAAGCUUUAAAAGGGAAGGAGGAUUCGCUAGAGAAUGAAAUCAGAGUAUUGAAAAGAUUCAGUGAACAAGCUAAAAGUGACGGUGGUGAAAAGAAGAUGUUUUCACAUCCCAAUAUUGUUCAGCUGCUGGAGACUUACGAGGACAAGAACAAGGUAUAUCUUGUGAUGGAGCUAGUGACGGGAGGGGAACUGUUUGACCGUAUUGUCGAGAAAGGUUCGUAUACCGAGAAAGACGCGUCCAAUCUCAUAAGGCAGGUGCUUGAAGCUGUGGACUACAUGCAUACACAGGGAGUUGUGCAUAGAGACCUGAAACCUGAGAACCUCCUGUAUUACAGUGCUGAUGAGGACAGUAAAAUUAUGAUCAGUGACUUUGGUUUGUCUAAGAUAGAAGACUCUGGCAUCAUGGCAACAGCAUGUGGUACCCCUGGGUAUGUGGCACCAGAGGUGUUAGCUCAGAAGCCUUAUGGUAAAGCAGUGGAUGUGUGGAGUAUAGGAGUCAUAUCAUACAUUCUGCUGUGUGGAUAUCCUCCAUUUUAUGAUGAAAAUGAUGCCAAUCUAUUUGCCCAGAUUUUGAAGGGUGAUUUUGAAUUUGACUCUCCUUAUUGGGAUGAUAUUAGUGACUCAGCCAAAGAUUUCAUACGGCAUUUGAUGUGUGUAGAUGUGGACAAGAGAUAUACUUGCAAACAAGCAUUGGCCCACCCAUGGAUUUCUGGUAAUGCCGCCAGCAACAAGAAUAUCCAUGGUACUGUGUCCGAGCAGCUCAAGAAGAACUUUGCAAAGUCCCGCUGGAAACAGGCGUACCAUGCGACCACUGUUAUCAGGCAGAUGCAAAAGAUGGCGCUCAGCAGCAGCAGUUCAAGUCGCAACACCAAUGCAAACCCUCAAACCAAACAAUAGCUGUUUCACCGACAGCUGGCAUGCACACCCAACUCUUGACUGCAACUACAUGCUUGAUAAGGUACUUAAGUCUUUGUUAUUCAUGACAUGAUAAUGAUCUGAUCUAAUUCUCAGUUUAUACACCAAAUGGUGCAACACUUUUAUUAGAUAUAAAUGUAGAACCGUCACAUUGGUUAAUUGAAAUUCAUUGCUGAAUGAACAGUUGUUACUAGACACAGCUCAGAUUUGUGUCAUCACUAAAUUUGUAGCCAUGUUGUUUGUAAUUGAUAUCAGUCUGAAAUUUAAUUGGAGCAGUGCUUAAAAUAUUAUUAGACAUGUUAAGGUAAUGAUGAAAUCAACGAACUGUUAAAUAAGACAUUAUCGCUAGUCAAUGUAUCAUUUCUGCUUAUAAUUAUAAAACUAAAAAAUGUUUCAAAAAUAUGUUAUCUGAAUAUCAUAAUGAGGUUUAUAGUAGGUUACAAAAUAUAUUUCGUGACUUUCAUGCUGUCUAAAUCUGAUCUGCUACUAAACUGUUGCCAUUGCUACCACAUAGGAUCUGUCUUGUUAAACUAUCAAAAUAUGACACAUAAAACACACAAGGAAAGAUUUUGUGUAACAUGUCCUCUAUGAAGUUAUUUUAAAAAUAUUUUUAAAUACCUACCCUUGAAACUUCUUCACUUACUUACCUUUGAAUAAUAAGUAGGUAGGUAAUAAAUAAUGUUCUCUUUAAACAUACUGACUAAUAGUAAUUAUUCUUAGGUACGGUGAUAAUCACUUAUUAAAUUAAUAAUAAGAUCUGUUACAAAAUAAAUUAGAAUAAAGUGAUAAUAUUACAAAUUAAAUGUAAUGAUUGACAUGAGAUAAGACAUAGAUGGAAAAAGGUUGGAAGAGUGGAGUUGACAUCAAAAGGGAAAACAAAAAAUGAGCUUCAGAUCUGACUUAUCAGUACAAAUUAUAAUGUUUACUUGAUCUUUACAUUUUACCCAGGCAACAAAAACAUCUUUAUUGACAAUCAAUAAGUUACUAUUUUAUUGAUUACUGCACUUAAUAACUAAACCAAUAGUCAUAAAACCCCUGUAUAUUCCCUAAAUAAAUAAUGAGUUAAAUUAUUUUACUUAAAGAACUUGGAAUUGUUUAUUUGUACCUACUUAUUUUGAUUCAAGCUCUAGAUGUUCAUGAUUAUGGACCCAAAGAAAGUUGUAUAUCAGCAGAAGUGAUCCCUGUUUAGUGUGGAGUAAAUCCACUGGUUAUGUAUGUAGAUCUGUAACUAUAUUAUAUCCUAUUUAAUCCCUUCAACGUAGUUGUUUUUGAAAAAUAUGAGUCAUAUAUAAUAUGCUAUACCUAGUGUAAGUUUUAUGAUUCUGAAUUUGAAUCCUUCCUAUCUCUGUUACCAUAUAAAUAUCUAUUUCUUGUAAGUUAAUUAGCGGUUAUACCUAUAUUGCACUGUUGAAUUCAAUGUUAUCUUAUAAUAAUACUCUUAACUGUGACUAAAAUAGAUAUAGUGCAUAUUUAUACAAAAAAUAUUUGUAAAGUCAUCAAUAUCAUCAGCAUUGGCCUAACAAAGUUUAUUUGGAGGGUCGCAUAAUGUAAAUGUGCGGAACAUUUUGAUUUGACUUAGGCUGGCAUGACAUUGACCUACAGAAUAGAGAUGAUUGCAUACUGUCUGUAGAUCUAGAUCCUUCAGAAGGUCUUGUGAAUCUCUUCACAUAUUUACUAGGAACAUUAAUAGCUAAUUGUUCUGAUCCAGUUUUAAAACAUAGCCUAUACAUUUAAGGUAUAUACCGACAGCUUCGAUGUUCGAAUCAAGUACUUUACUGUGUUAUAGGAUUGUAUGCAUCUGUGUGUUGAUUAACACAUGUUCAGAAAUCAAUCAAUCGGUGACUGCGCAUGGCUGCUUGCUUGCGACUAUAUUGCACAUAUCUUAUGUUUUUCCUUACAAAGUUUUUUACCUUAUCCCAUUUUAUUAGAUUGGAGUUAGAAUUCUCAAUCUUUGUUUAACUUUAUAAACAAAAAUUGAUAAUAUUUUUUAAUAUGUACUUUGCUAUAAGAAUUAUUACGACAUUUUAUCAGUAAGAUUACAGAGCGAAGCUAUUUUUGGUUGAUAUACAUUUUUAUAAUAUUGAGAAAUCAUAUCAAAAUUUGACAUUCCUUUUUGGAUACACCUUUUAUUUUUAAAAUUUCUAUUGAAACUACUUAACAUUCCAUUGUUCAGUAUUUUAUACUUACCAAUAAUAUGAAACUGUAUUGUGAACUGUGAACUAGUGCAACAACCAGAUUGUCAUAUAUUUUACAGCAAGUCGAAAAGUAAAUUAAGUACGAUUUAAAAGAUUUACAUUCCAGACACGGUAUUUAUGGAGGACAUUAAAAUUUGAGAUGUACGAAUUUGAUUUUUAAGGGCAUUUAUUAACUUUAAUUAUUUACAACAUGUUCAAAAUAUCUUAUUAAUAAUGUACACAUGAGAACUUAUGAAUCAUUUUAAGACGAAACAUUCGAUAAUUUGUAUGUAUUUUAUUUCAAAAUAGAAUAAUUUUCCGUCCAUGGAUUUCUCUUGUAGCAGCUAUGUUAUUCCAGCUAUUUUAUUAAAUCCAUGACAGAAUAGCUCAACCAAUAUUGUUACUUGUUUUCUUAUUAAACUCACAUUAUUAUUUGGCUUGGCUAUAACAUACUCUAAUAACGAAUGAUACACCUAUGUAGCUCACAUCCUAGUGAUCAUAUUAUAAUAAGACAUGGAAUUGAAAUUCUAUAACUGUUUGUUGAGUGUUGGUUUUUAUUUUAUUUGACACGCAUCAUUAUUUUUGUAUGUAGUGUUCCAAAUUGACGCUCAACAAUACAUACAAUGAGCACUUAAACAGCAUUCUUAUAGCUUUUUGUACUGGUACUACAGCGGGACGCGAUGCGUAUCUCCUGACGGAUAAUGCUUCUGUAUUAUCAUAAUAAUUAACGCUUUAUUGUUAUUAUAUAAAGCAUCGCGCUGCUUGAGUCCUUAUAUUCGUGUAGAAAUAUGAUGAGUAAAUAAUCUCUAAGUAUGACUGUGUAUUUGUAAAUGCGCCUUAAUAUCUAUGUAAUUAAUUGUUAUAAAUAGUUCUUCUUGUCCGUGAAUUAUUUUAGUCACGAUUAUCACCAUGUUUCUAUUAUUUUACUUUAGAGGCUUAUAAACAAUUCUCAAAUAGUUUCAUCUAACGUAAAACGUUUACAGAUCAUUUUAUUAGUGCCAUUUUAUUAUUAUACAAUUUUAUUUAAAUUCAAGAAUUUUUCAACGUUUUAAAAUAUUUAUUGAAUUUAUAAAAAAUAUAAUGUAAAAUUAAAUUAUAUAACACUUGACUUUGUUUAUUAUGAAUUUAUGAUAUAGGGAGAAUAAUUCUUAGCUACGCACAAUAUUUUAAAUAUAAUUUUAGUGUUUUUACAUUUAAGUAUAAGAUAAUUGUGUUGCAAAUAUAUGUUUAGUGUAUCAUGUAUUUUUUUCUGCACAAAAUCUGUUUGUCUAUAUAGUCAUGUAUUUAUUACUAGAGAUCUUGCCAUAAUUCUGCCAUAUCUUUUAUAUUCCCACGUUGCUCUCUUCCUCACUUGUUACGUUGUUCAGUUGUUCACUGUGCCAAAACCAUAUCAUGAUCAGUGAUAGAUGUUGUAUUUGUAAUGUAAGAGUCCUUAUAUUUGUUAGCCAGUAUAAUAUGGAGAUUAUAACUUUUCACAACUUACAGUGUCAUAAGCAAUGCUAAGUGUAAGAUGUUCAAGUUCCUUGUCACUUAAAUCUAUCUAUUUCUUUAUUCAUUAUUGUACUUUUUAUUCUAAGUGUAGAAAAUAUUGCUAUUUUUCGAGGGUUAUUAAGUAUCUUUGUAUGUUGUUUUAAAUUAACAUACACAAUUUAUUUUAUUUUUAAGCACAAUAGUGUAAGGGCUGGGAUAAAUUUAAAUGUCGACAAGUUUGUUUUUGUGUACCGCGCGACUUCCGCUAUCGUUUGGGUCUUUGGUUGUGAACUUUUAUUUCUUUCAAUGGACAAUCUUACAUGACAGAAUCGGUAGAGAUGCGUAAUACUGUGGGUAAAGAUCUGAUUACUAUUGAAUUACUAAUCUUGUGAUUUAGAUUUUAUACUUCUUGUUCAAAACAAUCAAAAUUUAUUAGUAGAUUGUUAGAUGUUAGCUAUAUUUUCAAUGUCAUUGUAAAUAAAAUGCCAACUUGUUGA